AUGUCCUAUAAUGUAUAUGUCGCUGCAUAUGCCGGAGCUAGUCGGGAUCACCACACCAUUUUUGUGGAAAACAGGAAACGCGGAGCUGGAACUAUCUUCCAAGUUAAAGGCAGCAUUCAGCAAGGCAUGGAAUUCGAAUCCAAAAAAGUGAAGAAGCCCGAGGACUCCCUUUCUUUCGUUGAUAAAACACUUGUCGGAACAGUGACGAAAGAAAAUUAUCCCAAGAUUGCCACCAUUUGUGCUACUAUACCCCCACCGCACAAACAAUUCAUCGGAGCCAAGAGAAUCAACCCAAAGGUGCCUUUUAGAACAUGUCAGGAAUGGAAUGCUGAUGCUUUGAAAGCCUUGAAGAAUCUCAAGUUAUUGUUGAAAAAUAGUGGGCUUGUCAACGUGUUUUGCUAUUUAGUCCGUCAUUGCUAG